AUGAUCUGCGGAGUGUCGCGGACCGCUGAGGAGGCGAAGAGGCGUCAUGUUGGGAUGAUCACAGAGUGGGAUGAGGACCAGCAGAUGGGGCUGGUGGACUUGGAAGAGCCGCUCUUUGGCAUCGACCAAGCGUCGCUGGUCUCCGUGGACAUCGAGAGGCUGCCAAAGGAGCCCAUAGGCCUCCCGCUGGACUUCGUGCUGGCCCUGAAGCCCACGCAGGAGGGCUUGGAGCUGCAGUGCGCCGACGCGCGGGUGCAGGCGGAGGCGGAGGCGGAGGCGGAGGCGGAGGCCGCCGUAGACGAGCCGAGCGCGGAGCGGCCGGCGGCGAGGGCUCCGCGGCCGCCGAACCACCCGCCGCCCAUGUCCCGCGCGCGCUCGGAGGACCAGCCAAAGGCGCGGGGCCGGGGCCGCCGGGAGCGCCGGGAGCGCCGGGAGCGGAGCCGGAGCCGGCGGAAGGGCCAGAAGCGGCCGCGCCCGCGGGCGGUGCGGCGGCCGCGGCUGCUGGUGCGACCGCCCAACGCGCGGGAGGAGCGGAAGAUGGGGCUCCGGGAUAGGAACGGCCGGCCGCGGAAGCAGCUGGUGGACUGGCCGGAGAACCCCAGGACCGGCAUGAUCUUCGAGUGGAAUGCUCAAGACGGCGAGGGCUGGAUCCAGCCUGAUGAGCCCGUGUGCCAUGCUCGCGUCCACAAGUCGGGGCGAGUCUGGUUCCACGACGGUGACUUGAGCUCCGACUUGGGCGAAGACGAGCCCGUCGGGCUUCGCGUGAAGUUCGUGGUGUUCGAGCGCUGCCUCACGGUGGCCGCAGCCUUCGUCACGGUCCUGACAGAUGACCCGGAGCCUGAUGCGGACGAGCCGGUGCUGGAGCCCUUCUUGCUGCCAGAAGCCGCGCCGGAGCUUGGCGACGAGGGUCUAUCGGAGCGAAGUUUCAGCAUGGAGGAGUCUUGUCAUGAUCCGGAGCAGGGGGAGUCUGAGCACCCUGAGUCCGACGCGGACGACAUGCCGGAGGAGCGCCGACCUUACGAGACCUGUGAUGAGGAGGCCAUAGACGCGGCCUCUGCAGAGGCGGAGGAGCCGCCGCCGGAGGAGGAGGACGUCGAGCCGACGCCGAAGAGGAUCAAGGUGAAAGUGGAGCAGAACUCCGCCGCCUGCGCGGCGGCCAGGGCGGUGCUGCAGCAGGAGGUGCCGGAGGUGAUGCAGGACUUUGCCGGGCCCCAGGAGAAGUGGUCUGUGGGGGAGCUCAACAAGCGCGUGCUGAAGUACUUCACCAACGGCCUCUCGGCUGCCGUGGAGGGCAACCACAGCGCCUGGCGCGCUUUGGCACAGAAGUUCCUGGAGAAGAGCCUCCGCUCCUUCGCCUGCGCCUGCGGGAGCCGCGUUUGGUUCAUGGAAGCCGAGGAGAGACUCAAGCCGGUGCUGAGCAGAACCGCGUGGGAGCUGGUCCAGGACUGCGAGGACGCGGACAGCAGCACUCCAUCCUUGGUGGAGCUGUUGGUGGACACGGCCUACGCGGAGCUGUCGGACCAGCACUGCUUUGAGGUAUCAGUGCGGGAUGCUGUGCAGAAGAGCUACGGCGAACAUGGGCAAGCGGUGGUUUCAAAGAUGAUCCAAGCCCUGCACCGGAGCUACCCAGGAGCUGUGAAGGAGGGCGAAACGGCUGAGGGCUUCCGCAACGAGAAGAUCGAGGCCUUUGCCCACAGUUGGAUCAACAAGAGCAUGGACCGCGCCUACAUGAUGCUCGGGAAGGAGAAGCAUGAUCUCUUGCUCACCGAGAGCGCCAUGGUUGACCUCUUCAAGUGGCUCAUGUCCCCGGAGAAGACGGAGACCUUCUCAUGCAUUCCACGGGAGCUCCUCGGGAACACCCCCAGGCCCUCGUGGAACUGGAAGUUCAUCCGCCCCACGGUGUGCAAGUUGCUGGAGCGCUGGGCGGAAGACUCGGGCACGAGCCGGGUGCAGCGGAAGCGGCCCAUGCCUUUGGUGCUGCGGAACAGCAUGUAG